CACUAGAUGUUAACAAUGGCGAAGACUUCAGAGUUCACGUGUUCUCUUCAUCAUCAGAGUUGCUUGAAAAGCUGCAUGAGAAGUGGACCAUACCCAGCAAUGUAUUCUAGUAUUUUUGGUGGAAUUAUUCUUGAUCCAGCAAUGAUGGUUAUUCCAGUGGAUGAUCAUAUGGUUCAUAGAGGACACGGUGUGUUCGAUACAGCUAUCAUCCUUGACGGACACCUGUAUGAGCUGGAUGUCCACCUGGACCGUUUCCUCAGAUCAGCAUCAAAUGCAAAGAUUCCAUCCCCCUUCCCUCGAUCAACUCUCCGAACCAUUCUCAUUCAACUUGCAGCCACAUCACAGUGCAGGAAAGGAACUCUAAGAUACUGGCUGACCGCAGGUCCUGGUGAUUUCUUGCUCACGCCAGGAGGAUGCCCAACUCCUGCAUUCUAUGCAAUAGCAAUCAAGGAAGAUUUUUUGCAAUGCAAAGAAGGUGUGAAGGUGAUAACUUCCAAUAUCCCAAUGAAGCAACCUCAAUUUGCCACCAUGAAGAAUGUAAAUUACCUUCCGAAUGUCCUUUCCAAAAUGGAAGCCGAAGAGAAGGGAACAUUUGCGUCCAUCUGGGUUGAUGAUGAAGGUUUUAUUGCAGAGGGUCCAAAUAUGAAUGUGGCUUUUAUAACCCAUGACAAGGAGCUCAUUUUGCCUCUCUUUGAUAAGAUCCUUGGUGGGUGCACAGCCUUAAGGCUUCUUGAACUAGCAACCAAAUUGGUUGAGCAAGGGCGUUUGAAAAGUGUGAAAACUGGUAAUCUUACAGUGGGUGAAGCGAAAAGCGCGGCUGAAAUGAUGUACGUUGGAAGCACGCUUCCUAUAUUGCCUAUUAUCAUGUGGGAUGACAAUCCCAUUGGAGAUGGAAAAGUGGGAGAACUGACAAUGGCGCUUUCGGAUCUGCUCUGGGAUGAUAUGGUGGCAGGCCCUGAAACUCACAGGCUACCUGUUCCCUAUUAAGUGUGGAAGCUCUCAAGUUAUUCAAAUUGAAGAGGACAUUGAAGGAAUGCAUAGUGUUUAAUUUAGAGACCUCAUUGCUCUGAUAUAAUCCUGUUUGUGUAUGCUUGUAAAAUUUGCUUAUUUUGUUAAUGAACAUUGGGAAAAACAAGUAAUUAAUAAAAUUUUGAACAAGGUGUGUUUUGCAUGAAA